AGUAAAAUCCCUGGAGUUGGCUUUGUAAAAGUCCAUGCACCUUGGGGUGUUCUGUGUCGAGAGGCUGAGUUCAUGAAGCUCAAGAUGCCAACAAAAAAGGUUUAUGAGGUGAAACAAGGCAGCAAUCUGGUGGAGCAGAUCCGUCUGUUCAUUCACAAAGUUACAGAUCCUCUCCACCCGAAGGUGAAUGCCAACCGACCACAGAAUGUCAAAUCCCUGUCCCACCCGUUCUCCAGAGAGAAGCAGCACCUGUUUGAUCUCUCUGAUAGAGACUCAUUCUUUGACAGCAAGACUAGAAGCUCAAUUGUCUAUGAGGUCCUGAAGAGGACAAGGUGCACAAAGGCCAAGUACUCCAUGGGGAUCACCAGCCUGCUAGCUAACAGCGUCUACACGUCUGCCUUUCCACUGCACGAUGGAGACAUUGAGGGAGUGAAUGCUGAACCUAAUGACAGGAAGCUGCUGUAUGAACAGUGGGCCAGCUACAGUGUCUUCUACAAGUACCAGCCCAUCGGACUUAUCAGGAAGUAUUUUGGGGAGAAAGUGGGCCUCUAUUUUGCCUGGUUAGGGGUCUACACACAGAUGCUCAUCCCUGCUGCCAUCAUUGGUGUCAUCGUGUUCCUCUACGGAUGUGCCACUGUGGAUGAUAACAUACCCAGCAUGGAGAUUUGUGAUCCGAGAAACAACAUCACCAUGUGCCCGCUGUGCGACCGCGCCUGCAGCUACUGGAAGCUGGUGACAGCUUGUGGCACAGCUCGAGCCAGCCACCUGUUCGACAACCCAGCCACAGUUUUCUUCUCCAUCUUCAUGGCCCUCUGGGCCGUUCUCUUCAUGGAGCACUGGAAGAGGCGACAAAUGCGGCUCAACUACGUCUGGGACCUGAUGGGUUUCGGAGAGGAGGAAGAGGAAGAACAUAAGGACCACAACCGUGCAGAGUAUGAGUUCCGGGUAAUGCAGAAAGCAAUGAAGCAGGACCAGUCGCUACCGAAGGAGGAGAAAGUGAAGUUGACGUGCACAGACAGACUUCCAGCCUACCUGACCUCUGUAGUCAUGAUGGGUUUCAUGAUAUCUGUGACAUUUGCCAUAGUCUUUGGAGUGAUCCUGUACCGCAUCAGCAUUAAGGCAGCGCUGCACAUCAGCACCUACCCAGCAGCGCGGUCCAACAUCCGAGCCACUGUAAAGACUACUGCCGCAAUCAUUAACCUUAUCGUUAUCAUCAUCCUGGAUGAAAUCUACGCCGCCAUUGCACGCUGGCUCACCAUACUGGAGGUCCCAAAGACAGAUAAGAGUUUUGAGGAACGUCUCAUUUUUAAAACCUUUAUCCUAAAGUUUGUCAACGCCUUCACGCCCAUUGUGUACCUGGCCUUUUUCAGGGGCAGGCUUGUUGGAAGACCUGGGAACUACUUGUAUGUUGUUGGAUCGUACAGAAUGGAGGAGUGCGCUCAUGCCGGCUGCCUCAUGGAGCUCUGUAUCCAGCUGUGCAUCACCAUGCUGGGGAAGCAGCUGAUCCAGAACAACCUGUUUGAGAUCGGCAUACCGAAGCUGAAGAAGCUGCUCCGUAAGAGGAAAUCAGAGGUGACUUCCCUGCAAGAGGAGGAAGUUAAGAUUUUGAAGCGCUAUGAGAAGGAUCACUUCCUGGGCCCUUUUGCCGGCAUCAACCCUGAGUACAUGGAGAUGAUUAUCCAGUUUGGCAUGGUGACUCUGUUCGUGGCCUCCUUUCCUCUGGCUCCUCUCUUUGCUUUGCUGAAUAACAUCAUCGAAAUUCGUCUGGAUGCCAAGAAGUUUGUUAUGGAGCUACGUAGGCCAAUAGCAGCCAAAGCAAAAGACAUUGGGAUUUGGUACAACCUUCUGAGAGGUCUCAGCAAGGUAGCGGUCAUUGUUAACGCUUUUGUCAUUGCCUUCACCUCGGACUUCAUCCCUCGGCUAGUCUACCAGUACGCGUACAGCCCUGAUAGUACCAUGCAUGGCUUUGUAAAUCACACUCUGUCAUAUUUCAACGUCAGUGACUUUCAGAAGGGUACUGCUCCCCUCGAGCCAAUGCACCUACACUACAAGGUGCAGAUCUGCAGGUAUAAAGACUACAGAGAGCCUCCAUGGUCCAGUACUCCUUAUGACCUGUCCAAAGAGUUCUGGGCCAUUCUCGCUGUGCGCCUUGCCUUUGUUAUAGUGUUUCAGAACGUGGUGAUGCUUAUGAGUGACUUUGUGGACUGGCUCAUCCCAGAUAUUCCCAAGGACAUCAGCCUCCAGAUCCACAAGGAGAAGAUCCUCAUGGUGGAGCUUUUUAUGAAGGAAGAACAAGGGAAAAGGCUGGCAGUGCAGGACAACCACAACCAGGAGACCUGCACCAUCCCGUCAUCAGACGAUCAGAGCCCAUCACGGCCCCGCUCACAUUCUGUCAUCCACUCCAAGGCCAGCUGGUGAUGGUCCAUCCACAGGGCUGCUUUUAUACAGCACCAUAGCUUUUGCUGUUUUUAAUGAGUAUUUUCUAUGUUGACGUUGUCUUAUAAGAAACCAUCUAUCCACAUUUAAUGUUAGAUUUUACAUUUGUAACCCAUCAUGCAUAGACCAAGGAACUCUUCAGCUGGUGUCUGCGUGACCUCAUUGCAUGUCUAAUGUAUUUGAGAGGAAAAAGCCAUGCGCUCCUCUGAGGGAUCUGACUUGAGUUCCCCAGAGGAGACUCGACCAAGCCCAGCCCUCAGCCUCAGCUGGCUCAGAGCAAGCUGUAGUACCUGCCUCCUGUCCCACAAGACAUUUAUGGACCUUUUACAAAGUAAACAGGCUCAGUGAUUCCGUCCAAAUGGUCCUCCGAGAAAAUUUUCUUCCUUGUAUCUUUUAGAAAGAAAGACAAGCGACACCAAUGUGUAACGCUUUUUGUGGAUGUUAUUUGCAGAUGCAGAGAUGCACUGUUACGUGUUGUGAUGAUGCUACAUGAUUCUAGUGUGUAGGUACAGCAGCAGGUCUGGUGUUGAUUGUGUUUUAUUCUGAAUUUGGCUCAUCACUCAAUCCAGUUAAAACUUUAAAGCUGCAGUUAAAAAGUGCCAAAAACCUAUGUUGCUGAUGGCCAAAUGGAUGACAUCCAGAUUCCUUUGGACUCCAGAGGAUCGGGUUCACAAAGGGUUGGAUGGUGGAUGGGAGGGGCGGUACCAGACAAACCCUGACUUUGUUUUUUAGUGUUGGGGACCACGCCUGGCCCUAAACGAGAAACCGGCUAAGGGACAUCUGUGUCGAAUGGUUUGGAGCUACACAGCAGCACAUAUUUCAUUAGUAAAGAUGUCUUGCUGAAUUUGUUUCUACUAAUUAUUCUUCCAGGGGUUUUUUUUUUUUUUUUACUGUUUUUGUUUGGGUUGAGGCUGAUGCCAUUUGGCAUUAUGAGCAGUAGUUGAGAUGUGUGAGUCAGUCCUGCAGCAAGAACACAUCAGCAUGUAUGAUUGAGACUACUAUAAUAUUCUUUUUAACCUGCAUUGUAAUAUCUGAUAAUAAAAUAUGGAUUAACUCCUUUGA